GACAAGUGUGAGAAGGCAGAGUGCUCCGACGCCGUCAAGGCCAAGGUUGCUCUCAUGGAAAAGAUCCGCAGCCACCAGCAACUGUGGUUCAAGUCCGGCCUGGUGAACCCCUACCAGUCCAACAGCAAGUGGACGAACAGGUGCGCCUGCGGGGAGUUCAAUGAGCAGACCCGGCAAUGCAAAGUGAAGGGGAAGUCUAAGGAGAAGCCUUGCUGCACCAUGAUCGCGAAGGACUGCAAGGCGGAUGAUCCCUGGCCCAAGCGGUUCGCGCAAGCCGUAACGGAAGACCAGCGCUUGAAGCAGCAGGGCACAGAGAUUCAAAGUCUCUACCAGAGCUGCAUCGACAACUGCCACAAGAAGUACCAGGAGCUUUGUAUCAAGGAUCUUCAGGAGACCCAGGCGGGUUUUGCGCAGAAGGUUGCUGCUGAGCUGGAGAAGCUGGGGCCCCCUCCGAGCAUCUAUGACAGGAGCUAUGAAACUUACUAUCGGGUGGCGGACAAGAUGGCCCAGAAGGAGAAAGAAGACAGAGUUCAGCGCAUACAUGCCAAGAUUCUGCAAGACAAGUACAGCCAGCUGGUCGACCUCUCUGGUUGGAACGGAGGUGGUGUUCUAGACGAUCCGAGUCAGCAGUGCUGCAAAUGCGCGACUGCGUACGAAUUUGGCGACGUGUGGCUCGGCACCACCAUCACGAGUUUCUGCUCAGCUUCAUCCUGUGCCACUCACCCAAAAUGUGCGGUGAGCGAUGGUGCCUUCUGUGGCCAGCACAGCGCAGCCUGCCCGGCAGAGUGA